CCUCUCUCAUCUCUCUCUCUCUCUUCUCCUAUUUCUUUUAAAUCCUCAAACUACCCUCGAGAUCGAUGGAGACAAAGCUGAUCAUAGCUCUCAGUUCUUUCUUCAAAUCCCAAGCCUCUGUCUCCUCUUCAUCUUAAGAGUGCUUCAGAACUGAGCUGAGUUCUAAUGAAAGUGAUGAGAUUUGAGGGACGGCAUUUUCUACGUGGCGAAUCAUGAGCCCAUGUAUGUCGUCUUCUUCAGGAAACCGAAGCAACAACAACGGAGCCUCUUCCUCUUACCCUCCUCCUCCCAUCACUUCAUCUCGUCUCUACAUCGCGAACAAAGCUAAAGAGAUCCUCGCAACACGCGACGCCGCAGGAAUCACCAAACUCAUCACCAACCUCUGCUACGCGAAAGAAGCAGACGAAUCCUCUAACCUCCUCUACGAAACCUUCAAGAAGCAUUUCCCGAAUCUCCUAGCCGUCAAACUCAUCCACGCGUACAGAUUCAUGACGACGACGACGGCGUUCCCCUCCUCCUCUCGCUCAUGCGUUCGAUCCUACUCCCUCGAUCUCCUCACCUCGCUUCUCAUCGACCUCGAAGAGUCUAACGUCGCGUUGAAAACAGAGGCGCUGAACGACAUCAAAGAACAUCUAAACGCUUGCCUUGCACAGCAAGAAACCUCCGAUCGCGAGUUUAAACUCCUCACGAGAAUCGUAUCUCGCGUCUCCGUCGAUUUCUUCAUCGAGUCCAUCCCGUGGGACGAGCUCUCCUCCUUCAUCGUCUCUCUCGACGACAAGAAAAUGCUGCUGAUGUUCGGCGAGUUACCGACCGUUCUCGACGAAGAUUUCUUGAAGCCGUUGCUGGAGAAUGAUCUCGGUUUCAAGAUCGUUAAAGGCUUGCUUGAUCAAGAUUGUGAAGAAUGGUGUUUAGCUUUGGAAGCUGGGUUUAAUCUGAUGCUGCAGCUGAUAAACUUGGAGAGGAAAGAUUUGGUUUGGGAUUCGGUUUACGCGAUCGUGAGUUCGGUUUGGGAGAUGGUUAACGUGAGGAAACGAGAUGUGGUUGUGCGUAAAGGGCUGUUGAGGUUAGUGAGGAAAGUGCGUGGUGAAGCAUUGAGGUUUCGUGGGGCUGAGUAUGAGUUUGUGACGCGUUUGGCUUUGAUGAUUGAGAGAGUGGAUGGACUUGGAGAUGAUACGAAGAUUGCUGCGAAGAUGAUUCGUGAUGUUCUUGAUAGGUAUUACAUGGGAGGUACAGGGUUGGAUUCUUCGGGUUUCAUCCAGAGCCUGAUUGGUACUCAUCACUCUGCUUAAACCGAUUCUGGGAUUUAGGGUUUAUGCGUUUUUGUAAUUGGUUUUAGCUAUUGAGAAGUCUAUAACGUUUUGUUUUAACCUCAACGGAUUCUGUUCUGUAUGAUGAAUUGAAGAAGAGAUUGUAGUUCACUUUAGUUUGCCAAUGAGUCAAAUAUUAGUUAGCUUUA